AUGUGUGCAGCAGGCUCAACAAAUAAUCCAGAAGGUGUGCUAGGUUAUGGAGGGGCAGGAAAUGUCUCACCUGUGCCUAAUGGAAUGUAUGAACGAUGGCUUUUCUGUGAUGUGUCGCACCAUAAAGCAUGCCAUGCUACCAAACCAGGAUACAUUAAUGUUCAUAUAAUACCUCACUCCCAUGAUGAUGUGGGGUGGCUGAAAACAGUUGAUCAGUGCUAUUAUGGAUUCAAGCAAGAUGUGCAGGUGGCUAAAGUAAAGGACAUAAUUGACACAGCACUGGAUGAAAAGAAUUCUGACAGAAGGAAGCUGAAUGAUACAUUUGGGGCAUGUGGCCAUCCCCAUGUAGGAUGGCAAAUUGACCCAUUUGGACAUUCCAGAGAGAUGGCAUCCAUUUUUGCUCAGCUUGGGUAUGAUGGUGUCUUCUUUGCAAGAUCAGACUAUCAAGACCGUCAGAGAUGAUACCAGACAAGGAACUCAGAGAUGAUGUGGCAAGGCAGUGCUAAUCUUGGGACAUCAUCCAGACUAUUUGCAGCAACUUUUAACAACUCCUAUUACCCACCAAGUGGAUUUUGUUUCGACAGCAACUGUGCUCAACUGCCAAUCAUUGAUGAUCCACAAAAUCCUUUCUACAAUGUGGACACUAAAGUAUCAGAAUUCAUUGCAUACAUACAGGAACAAGCAUUUUAUAUGAAGACUGAUCACAUCCUUGUCACAAUGGGAGGAGAUUUCCAUUAUCAGGAAGCUGCAUCUUGGUUUGUCAGUCUGGACAAGUUAAUAAAGUAUGUGAAUGAACAGCAGGCACAAGUAAGUACAUUACAUGUGUUAUACUCAACACCAUCAUGCUACCUAAAGGCUGUGAAUGAUGCAAAUGAAGUAUGGGAACUGAAAGAAGAUGAUUUCUUUCCUUAUGCCAGUGAUUCUCAUGAGUAUUGGACAGGUUAUUUCACAUCAAGACCAACUAGCAAGUAUUUUGAGAGACAAGGAAAUAAUUUUCUUCGGAUAUGCAAACAGCUGUAUGCAUUAGCAGAUGUUGAAGACACAUACAGUGAGGACUUACAGAAAUUACAAGAAAUAAUGGGAGUUUAUCAGCAUCACGAUGCCAUUACAGGGACAGAAAAACAGAAUGUGUGUGAUGAUUACAAUCUCAUGCUUUAUGAUGGAUUUCAGCAGUGUGGAAAAAUUAUUGACAGGGCUUUAGAAUGCCUCCUCAGCAACAUAAGUCAGUGUGAUAUAUCUGAGACUUCAUUGAAUUUUGUAGUGACAGUAUAUAAUCCUUUAAGCCAAGCAACAUCCUACUAUGUUCGUAUCCCUGUGCAAGAUGUACUUGGAAUUGAUGUUCCAGCACUGGGGUAUCACUCAUACUAUGUGUCUAGUACAAGACAAGAAAGAAGUUAUUUAAACACUGUGUCAGAAAAUGCAACAUCCAUUGCAAAUAAUGUAAUUUUACAUGAAACUCAAGGGACUGUAAAGUCUGUAAUAAUCAAUGGAACAGAGUUGCCACUUAGCCAAAAUUUUUAUUACUAUGAAGGAUGGGCAGGAACUAAAGCUGGAACUGAUGACAGAUCAUCUGGUGCUUACAUUUUCCGACCAAUAGGAUCUGAAGCAACCAUGGUGUCUGGAAUUGCAACAGUCAAAAUAUACAGAGGUUAGCUCCCAAUCUUGCUAAUUACUGAAAUGCAUCAAACCCUUAGUGACUGGAUCAGCCAAGUUAUCAGGGUAUAUAAAACCGAAAAACACAUUGAAUUUGAAUGGCUGGUUGGACCCAUUCUCACUGAGGAUAUGAAAGGAAAAGAAAUAAUUUCCCGUUUGAAUACAAACCUGGUCAAUAAUGAAACAUUUUACACUGACUCGAAUGGGCGAGAAAUGAUAAAGAGGCGAGUUAAUUACCGAUCAACAUGGGAUUAUGUUGAAGAAGAACCUGUCUCAGGAAAUUAUUAUCCUAUAACAUCCAAAAUACUAAUCAAGGAUGAAAACAAGUGCCUAGAAAUGGCAAUUCUGAAUGACAGAGCACAGGGCGGUUCCAGCCUUCGAAAUGGUGAAGUCAAACUAAUGGUCCAUCGUAGGCUACUCUGUGAUGAUGGUAUGGGAGUUGCAGAAGCGUUACAAGAAGAAGCAUUAGGCAAGGGUUUAGUUGCCAGAGGUAAGCACUGGCUGUUAGUGGGCAACAUAACAGGAAGUGAUGGAUGUAGUCUGGCAUGUCAAGAAUGUAAACUGGCUGAGAAGAAACUCUUGUCUCCUUGGGUUCUGCUUAGCAACGCUGACAAUACACCGUUCACAGAAUGGACAAAUUCACAUGAAACUCAGUUCUCAGGUCUGAGACAAGAACUUCCCCAAAAUGUGAAGAUAUUAACAUUGGAACCAUGGAAAGACACCUCACUGCUACUACGCUUGGAGCAUAUGCUAGAAAAGGAAGAAGACACAAAUUUAUCUCAGCCUGCUACAAUAAACCUGGAGGCCCUAUUUGCACCAUUCAGUAUCUCAUCUAUUAGAGAGACAAUGCUGGGUGGAAAUCAGUGGCUGGAGGACAACACACGGUUGAUAUGGGUCGACAAGGAGGGUACUGCAUCAACCACUAGACAGUCCAAGGAAGACAUACCUAAUGUGACACUGGAGCCCAUGGAAAUACGCACAUUUACAAACCUUGUUGAAGAAUUUAUUUUAAUAAACGAAGUUCUUGACCCAGACACGUGUGUGUCCAUGCCCCUGCUUUCUCCGUAUGCAGUAAAAAUCCAGCAUCUGCAAGUUAUGGAACUAUACAACAUGGUUUACUCACAGAUGGUGAAUGGUGAAGCAACGGAAGUAGUAAUCGACAGCCACAACAACGACAACUUCACGGACUGUAACGACGGUUACGACCACCCAACCUGUGGCCUGGAUUAUUCCAACGGUCUCCCAGUCCGCUACAGCCAGGGAUUUUGCUGCACUUGUGACGAGGAUACGACGCCCACCGUGCAGCCAGACGCGGCAGCAGAAGCGGUGGUGGAGCCCACCGUGCCGCCAGACGCGGCAGCAGAAGCGCUGAUGGAGCAGCCACUGCCCAAUUUGACCGUGGCGGCCAACUGCGACAAACUGCGCAGCCGCACCGCCGCCGAGCGCCUCGUGGACGCGCGCAUCCGAUUGGCUGGCGCCCGCCGCAGGGUGCACCCCAAACGACUCGCCACGCUACAGUCGCUGCCCCUACACUCUGCCUCCGCCGGCAUCUUCCGCAAGCCGCACCACCAGCUGUUCCCGCAGGGCGCCAACUGCACGGCCGUCGGCGACUGCGGGGCGCGCACCGCCAAGUCGGAGGACACCGGGGCGCGCCAGCACGGCGGCGGGUGCGCCAAGGCGCGUCCACUUUCCGACGCUCUUUCGUCGCUGUUCUUCACUGUACUGCAGUGUGCCUCACGUCGGAAGGCAGUCCAGUUCAUAUCCGUUCUGCACAUCUCCUCUAAUAAUCCCAGCCAGAUACAAUAUUGUCCCCAAUACUAA